UUGUAAAUCUUUUAUUUGAUUGAAUCUAAUGACUUGUUUAAGAUGUUAAACUGUGUUACUUGUGUUCAUGUAAACCAAAUAAACACAAUCUUCUAACCAUACCAACAAAUAACAUCUGGGAGUUGGGAAAAACAAUCUGUAAAAAAAUUCCCACUGAAGCCAACCAGUCAGAUGUAAGACAUAUUAACAUCCAAUCCCCUUCAUAAAAAGGGCAAAUGGAAAAUAAAGAUGAAGGCUGUUUACCUCUGUCUGCUUAAUAAGAGUACAUCUUAACCGCAACUAACAAGCGAGAGAAAAAUUUCCACUGGUGUCGACCAAUCAGGUUUAAGAACACAUCUGCGUAAUAGGACUUCACCGGCAAGAGUCACCCAGUUUCCAGUCUCUAAAAUGGAGAGAUCGAGAGUCACUCUGAUUGCUGUCUUGUGUAAGUUAAACUUCUACAAACUUUGUACUCUCCAUUGAUCAUGUUUGUGUUGGUAUGUGAGGUUGUUUGAGUAUCUGUUCAUCCAUCAUUUUUAAUCUAAUGUGUGAUGUGUUGCAGGUAUUGUGGUCUCCAGUCAGAAGACCUCUGGAGCAGAAGUCCAGAUGAGAGUCAGACGGGGAGAUGACGUUACUGUCUACUCGGACUGUGUGUAUAAAAAUGGACUACCAACAGUGUGGUUCAGAAACUGCUCACAUGAGAAUCAACCACCUUUUAUUAUGUCAUCCCAAGAAUUCAUACAAUAUGAUAUGAAGAAUAAUGAUUCUCCACGUUACUCAUUUGUAUGGAAUCCUUUAAACGGCACACAUGAUCUGCUAAUUAAAAACGUUACUGAAGCUCAUCUGGGUCUGUACUACUGUGCUUUAAUGCAGAGAGACAUUAUAAAAAAUUUGUAUCAGUAUGGAAUAAGAGCAACUCGACUAUCUCUCCAAGAAGAAGCAUCUAUGUGUGUUACUAUAUCUCCAAACACCCCGACCCCUCAAGUACCGGAAUGGACCCACUGCUGGAAGCUGUUGGUCAGUCUUUGGACUGUGUGUGUUGUUCUUGCAAUCAUUCUCUCCAUCUGUGUGUACUGCAUCUGCACAAACAAAACUAAAGCGAGAACCAAAAGACAGACUCACAGAAAUGAUGAGGUUGUAGGUGAGCUUUGUUAUGCAUCCUUGGACAUCAAGACUUUCAAGAAGAGAAAUAAAAACAGAGCUCAGCAGUCUGAUUUGUAUUCAGAGGUCAGAACUGAGUGUAACAUUGAUGGAUUUUCUUGACAUACAUGAUGGUAUAUUGUGAAAAAAGAUUAUUGUAAUGUAUUUGAAUAAAUAAGAAAUUUGUAUGGUACA